AUGAGGUGCCCCUCGUCCGAGCCAGCCAGCGAGAGUGAUGAAGAGAUUUUGGAUGUGGAUGCAACCGCGGUGAAACCUGUUGAACGAUUGGAAGAGUUAUUUUCAGAUAUGUCAAAAAACCUGGUGUACCUAUGUGCUGAUGAUCCUGUUCAGUAUUUUGAUUGGAAUGUUUCUUACUCUAAAGCUUCCAUUCUUGGGGUUGAGAAACAGAUAAUUACUAUAAACGACCAGUUUCCUGGCCCCAUCUUGAACACAACCACAAACAACAUUCUUAACGUGAACGUCCACAAUAACCUUGACGUGCCCUUCCUUCUUACUUGGAAUGGGAUCCAGCAGCGGAGGGAUUCAUGGCAAGAUGGAGUACCAGGAACUAACUGCCCCAUCCCCCCGGGUCAAAACUGGACUUACUCCAUCCAAGUGAAGGACCAAAUAGGGUCUUUCUUCUAUUACCCGUCUCUCGCCCUUCAAAGAGCAGACGGUGGCUUUGGUCCGAUCCGAAUCAACAAUCGCAUUGUCAUCCCUACCCCUUUCCCGACUCCUGCAGCUGAAUUCGAUAUUCUUGUGGGAGACUGGUACACCACAGGGCACAAUGAACUGAGGGCUUCUUUGGAUAUGGGAUCUUCCAUCUUGAAUCAUCCAGCUGGGAUCCUCAUCAAUGGACAAGGCCCUUAUGGAUCCAACUUCACUGUUAAACCAGGGUCUCUAUAUCGAUUUAGGUUCUCGAAUGUCGGUUUGAAAACAUCCAUCAAUUUCCGGAUCCAAAACCACAGGAUGAGGCUAAUUGAAGUUGAGGGCUCACACACAUUGCAAAACUACUAUGACACCCUUGACAUUCAUCCGGGCCAGUCUUACUCGGUUCUUGUAAAUGCCGACCAGCCAAUCGGCUCCUAUUACAUGGUUGCCUCUUCUCGUUUCUUGGAGCCUCAACUUAAUAGCACAGCGGUCCUUCAAUAUGCAGGCCUAGGCGGCGUCACUCCAUCUUUUCUUUCUUCUCAAUUGCCCCCCGGACCCAACCCCAAUGACUAUACCUACUCCAUCGAGCAAGCCCGAUCCAUAAGGUGGAACUUGACUGCUAAUGCAGCCCGGCCCAACCCACAAGGCUCAUUCCAUUAUGGAAGCAUAAACAUAACUCGAACCAUUGUGCUCGAGAACAACGCAGCAACAAUCGACAACCUAAGGCACUACACAGUGAAUGGAAGGAUAUUUGUUUACCCGGACACCCCUCUAAAGCUGGCUGAUUACUAUCAGAUCCCUGAUGUGUUUACACUUGAUGCCAUAGCUGAUGGCCCAUCUGAAGUCGAAGGUGCACCAUCGGCUGCUACUUCGGUUGUUGAUGCUGAUUAUAAAGCUUUCAUCCAAAUCGUGUUCCAAAAUCCUGAGCCUACUCUCCAGUCAUGGCAUCUUGAUGGUUACUCCUUCUUCGUUGUGGGGAUGGGGGAGGGCAAGUGGAAUGACAGCAUGACUUCCUUCAACAACAAGAUUGAUGCCAUCUUCCGCUGCACCACCCAAGUGUAUCCAAACUCGUGGACUGCAAUUCUAUUGGAAUUGGACAAUGAGGGGAUGUGGAAUCUAAGGUCAAUGAAGGAGGACAGGCGUUAUUUGGGGCAAGAGUUGUAUUUGAGAGUGAAAGGGAAUGGUGCUCCCAUUUCCCCAAGAGACGAGUUGCCCAUACCCUCUAAUGCUCUCAAGUGUGGAAGGGCAUCUUCCCUACCAUAA